AUGUGCAUAGAAAAGCUUAUCAAAGCAGGUGUUGUAAAAUUCGAUGAUACAUCUGGUAAGGGAAAUCCGUUGCCCAGUCAUACUGAUAAAGGGGUAAACGCGAUAAUUGAGAAUAUGGGGAGGAAAGUCAAGCUGAAUAUCGCAGAGGUGAGAAUCCUAUUGAAGCUAGUUUGGAAGGAAAUACAGAAGAGAGGUUUAGUCCCGCAGGGGUUGGGGGAUAAAAUCCAAGAUACACGGAACUACUGUGAGUUCCAUCAUGAGAAAGAUCACGGGAUCCAGAAUUGUAUUGAGUUUAGGGCCUUAGUGCAGGGUCUAAUGGAUAAUAAGGAAUUGGAGUUCCUCGAGUCUGUCGAAGAGGAGGAUAUAUGCUCUCUAGGAGGAGAGUCAGGUGAAGAAGGCUGCAGAGCCAGCUGUCCAGUGAUAAUUAUUUCAAAGCCCAAAAUUAGUGAAGUAGAAGCAAAAGUUACACCAAAAGUUAUAAUUCAAAAGCUAACAGCUCCCCCUUAUAAAGAUAGCCGUAGGGUGCCUUGGAAUUAUAACUGUAGUAUAGCAGUUUCAGAGAAGGAGGGUUCGAUUGACACGCCAAACACAGAAGCCGAACUAGCAAAAGGGAAACCCGUCAUGCUCAAGCAAGAAGUCGAGAGAUCAGAACCACUGGUUAAUGAGCCAGUAAUGGAAAAUGAAGCCAAAGAGUUCUUAAAGUUCCCAAGACACAGCGAGUAUAGUGUUGUGGAACAAUUACACCAACAACCGGAUCGCAUAUCUAUAUUGGCUUUGCUGCUAAAUUCGGAGGUUUACCGCAACGUACUGAUGAAAGUGUUGAACAAAACCUAUGUUGCAGAUGACAUUUCGGUUAACAAAUUAGACCGUCUCGUCGGCAACAUAAGCGCUGACAAUUUCAUCUCCUUCAGCAAUGAUGAGAUACCUCUAGGGGGUAGGGGGUCUACUAAGGCUCUGCACGUUACUACACGUUGCAAGGGGUAUACACUACCUGGAGUACUGGUCGAUAAUGGGUCCGCAUUAAACGUAUUGCCUUGGUCUAUAUUAAACCGUUUACCUAUAGACAGCUCCCACAUGAAGAUAUGUCAGAACAUAGUGGGAGUGUUUGACGGUACAGAAAGGAAAGUGAUGGGAAGGAUAGAGAUACCUCUCCAGAUUGGCCCAAACGCGUACGAGGUGGAUUUUCUCGCGAUGGAUAUUAAGCCUUCCUAUAACUAUCUAUUAGGAAGACCUUGGAUUCACUUAGCUGGGGCAAUGCCAUACUCGCUGCACCAGAAGCUAAAGAUGGUUACUGAGGGUCGGCUAAUAACAAUAAAUACGGAGGAGGACAUUAUUACGUCAGUUACUAGUGAUGCACCCUACGUAGAGAAUGACAACGAAGAGGUUGAAUGUUCAUUUCGAGCGUUAGAGUUUGUAAACACAACGUUUAUAGCUGAAGGAAGCAAAAUUUCGAUACCUAAGAUAUCAAGGGCUACGAAAAUGAGCCUGCAGCUGACAGUUGGGAAAGGGGCAUUACCUGGCAGAGGACUCAGGAGGCACCUCCGUGGACAAGUUAGAGUGCCAGUCUUGGUUGGCAAGUGGGAUCGCUUCGGUUUGGGAUUCAGGCCAGAUGCAAGCCAAGUGAAGAAGGAGUUUGAAAGGAAACAAGAGCAGCGGAGAGCGAGAUUGAGUGGGACAGAAGUCAGGUGGGGACCGAUGAGCUUCCCUCACAUUUCCCAAACAUUUGUAUCUAGAGGGUUUAUUCAUUCUGUACAGAAGAGGAUAAAAGAAGGAAUGGUCGAGGAUGUGAUAGGAAUUUGGAACAUCAAUACCACGUUUGAAGAGGAAGCAAUGGAAAGAAAUUUAUCAGACAUUUGCCCGUAUGAGCCUGGGAGUGUUUUGGAUAACUAG